AUGGAAGAUGUAUUUCAGGAUGAGAAUGAUGAUGAUGUGGAGUCCACCACGAUUGCCGAUGAUAGCGAUGAUAAGCUAGCGAAGAGAGAACCUGGCGUGCCUGUCGAAUUUGAGGCCAGAGACACACAGGAUACAAGAGGACUAGCUGAGUUCCAAGUUGGUCAUCAGUUUCAGGAUAAAGAGGAAGCCGUGCUGAGCAUGAAGACAUACAUCAUCCGAUGUGGGGUUGAGUAUAAAGCUUUGGAAUUUGAUUACCGCAAGUACCAUGGGAAGUGUAAGGAAUCCAGCAACGAGUGCACAUGGUUUAUUCGUAUUAGUCUCCGCCAGCGUAGAAGUAUUUGGGAGAUAAAACAAUACAAUGGACUGCAUACUUUUCUGGCCACUUCGAUAUCCAGUGAUCACAGGAGGCUUGAUUACCAUGUGAUAUCGGCUUUCAUACUUCCCAUUAUUAGAGCCAAUGUUGCCGUGUCGAUCAAGGUACUACAGAAUGCGACAGAUGCCCACUUUAGUUUUAGACUGACUUAUAGGAGGGUUUGCAUGGCUAAGCAGAAGGUCGUGGCACAGAUUUACAGAGACUGGGAAGAGUCAUAUAAUGAGUUGUCGCGAUGGCUGCUAGGUGUGCAGAUGACGAUGCCGGGUACUGCUGUAGUAUUGAGGACGAGUCAUGUGCAACUGGCUGGCCCAGUCGAUGAGGAGCAAGCUUAUUUCCAUCGGCUUUUUUGGACAUUCUCACCGUGCAUCGAGGACUUCCAACAUUGCAAGCCUCUGGGUGAGAAUGUAGAGUUGUGGUCGUUCUUCUUAUCCCACCUUCGGCAAUACGUAACACCUCAACAGGGUAUUCUAGUUAUAUCGGAUAGGUACAACGGGAUCAAGCCUGCCCUACAGGCUCCUGAUGGGUGUUGGCUGCCGCCAAAUGCAUACAGGGCAUUUUGUAUCCGACACGUGGUAGCAAACUUUGCCCUCAGUUUUAGGGGCAAUGAUGCUUGGAGGUUUCUAAUGAAUACUGUUUAUGUGAAGAUCGAGGUCGAGUUUGACUACUGA